AAGGAGCAAAGCCCACCAAGGGGGAGGUCACCGAGGAGGAGUUCGCCCAAAAGAAGUUGGUCGAAAAUGAUAUCACCCAGGAGGGAAAGUCGAGAUUCGAAGCGAGAAAAGAGGGAUGACAGGUGGCAGGGAAGGCCGUUGUUGUUCGAGAGACAGAGGUAUUAUAAUUUUACACCCUUGAGGAAGGAUUUGACGGAGGUGCUCGAGGCUAUGGAGCAGAAGAUGUCGACCGAGGAUAUAACGUGGCCGAAGACAAGGUUCACAGGCCCGACUCGGCCCAGAUCAGAUAUAUAUUGUCGAUUUCAUCGAGAUUACGGCCAUACCACAGAGAACUGCAGGCAUUUGAAGGAUGAGAUUGAAAGGUUGAUUCGAGCGAUACAUUUUAAGGAGCUCGUGUAUCAUGAUAGGGUGAAAGGGAAGGGAAGGAGAAGGUGUCGGGAUGAUUCGGAGGAGAGAAGUGACAGGGACGAGGAAGGAGGCGAUGGAGAUGGUCGAGGAAAGAAGCUGAGGAUAGAUGGCGAUAAGGGAGGGCACGGAGGAGAAGCCCCGAUGAAGAGAGGGACGAUUUACAUGAUUUCCGGAGGGCCAACAGAUGGCGACUUGAAUAGGGCCAGGAAGGAGCAUGCUCGAGCUGUGAAGAGGAAGAGAGAGGAGGUGGGGAUCACGGCUCACAUGCCGGUGAUAAGUUUUAAGGCGGAGGAUGUCGGGGGAGUGGUCCUGCCUCACAACGAUGCUCUGGUGAUAACCGCGGAGGUUGCAGGUUUUGACGUGAAAAGGGUGUUUAUCGAUACCGGGAGUUCGGUAGACGUGAUGUUCUAUGACUGUUUUGUGCAAAUUAACAAGGAGUUGAAUAUGGAGUUGAAACCGGUGACCACGGUACUCUACGGUUUUAACGGGGGAGAGGUUAUGCCGAUGGGGGAGAUCAGUCUGCCCGUGGCGCUGGGAUCAGGAGAGCUAAGGAAGGUGCGCAUGGUGAGGUUUGUGGUCGUAGGAGUUGAAUCAUCUUAUAACAUCAUCAUGGGGCGGACGAGCUUGAAUGCGUUCCAGGCUGUCGUAUCCACGUACCACAUGACGAUCAAGUAUCCUGUGGGCGAAAACGUAGGGGAGAUUGAAGUUCAGAAUCGGAAAGACUUGGAAGAGCCUAUUCGGUCGAGGCUUAUCGAUCUGAUAAGGGAGUUCGCUGACAUUUUUGCCUAUACAGCGGAGGAGUUGACGGGGAUAAGUGCGAAAGUGAUCGAGCACCGGCUGAACAUCGACCUCAGUGUGAGGCCGGUGAAACAGAAAAGAAGGCACCAUGGGGCGGAGAUGGACAAAAUCAUUGAGAAGGAGGUCGAGAAGCUAUUGGGAGCAGGACACAUCAAAGAGAUCCAGUUCCCCAAAUGGUUGUCGAAUACGGUGAUGGUGUUGAAGGCAGAAGAAAAAUGGAGAAUGUGCAUUGAUUUCCGUGAUCUGAACAAAGCAUGCCCAAAGGACUUAUACCCACUGCCCAGAAUCGACCAGUUGGUCGACUCAACGGCGGGGUGCGAAUUGCUGAGCCUGAUGGAUGCCUCCCAGGGAUAUCACCAAAUUCCCUUGGCGAGAGAGGACAGGAAGCGGGUGAGCUUUGUAACGAGUCGAGGAACCUAUUGUUAUGUGGUCAUGCCCUUCGGCCUGAAGAAUGCGGGCGCCACGUAUCAAAGGUUGGUCGAUAAAAUCUUUAAAGAGCAGCUGGGGAGGAACAUGGAGGUGUAUGUGGAUGAUAUGUUGGUGAAAAACAAGGAGGAGUUGGAUCAUGUGCGGGACUUAAAAGAGACGUUCUCAACAUUGCGAAGGUAUGGGAUGAAAUUGAAUCCGGCUAAGUGCUCUUUUGGGGUGAGGUCGGGAAAAUUCUUGGGUUACUUGGUGACCAAGAGAGGCAUUGAAGUGAAUCCUGAGAAGGUUCGAGCCGUGAUAGAGAUGAAGUUGCCGACGAAUGUUAAGGAAGUGCAGAUCUUAGCUGGUCGAAUUGCGGGGUUGAGUCGUUUCAUAUCGAAGGUGGCGGAGAAAAGUGGCCCAUUAUUCAAAACAUUGAAGAAGAGUGCGAAAUUUCAAUGGACGGAGGAGGCGCAGAGGGCAUUUGAGGAGUUGCGAGGGGUGUUAGCCAACCUUCCCCUAUUGGCUAAACCUGUACAGGGCGAGGAGCUGGUGCUAUACAUUUCUAUUGGGGAAAGGGUUGUAAGUUCGAUAUUAUUACGGGAGGAAGGGGUAGCGCAAUUUUCUAUCUAUUAUGUGAGUAGGGUGAUGCAGGGGGCAGAGAUGAGGUAUUCGGAGAUCGAGAAGUGUGCUUUGGCUGUGGUGGUAACUGCUCGAAAGUUGAGACCUUAUUUCUUGAACCAUAAGGUGAAGGUGCGAACAAACAUGCCGCUGGGAGAAACACUUGGCCGACCAUCGGUCUCUGGUCGAUUGGUAAAAUGGGUGGUCGAGUUGAGUGAAUAUUCUUUGUUGUACGAGCCAAGGAGGGCCAUCAAGGCGCAGGUGUUGUCCGAUUUUAUCCAGGAAGGCACGAAAGUCGAGGAGGAUUCAGGAGGAGUAUGGCA